AUGAAUAAGAUAAAAAGUCCAGAAUUACUCAAGAGUAUUGAGUUGUGGAACUUAUUUUCGAAACCAAAGUAUUUGUCCGAUCAAACCAAGGAAGCAAUAAAUAAUUGCAAUGAGGAGGAGUUAAGCAAAUUAUUUCUAAAAAGGCUGAAUUUUGGAACCGCUGGUUUAAGAGGAAAAAUGGGCGUCGGGUUCAAUGCAAUGAAUGUAGUUACAAUAAUUCAAACAACCCAAGGUUUAUGUGCAUAUUUAAUAAAUAAAUAUGGAAUAAAUAUAUGUAAAAAUCGAGGAAUAAUAUUUGGCUUUGAUGGAAGGCAUAAUUCAGAAUCUUUUGCUCAUGUUGCAGCAGCUGUAUGUUUAUCAAAAGGAUUUCGUGUAUAUUUAUUUAGCCAAACAGUUGCUACCCCUAUUUUAUGUUAUUCAAGUUUUAAAAAAAAAUGCUUAUGCGGAGUUAUGGUAACAGCUUCUCAUAACCCUAAGAUAGAUAAUGGAUAUAAAUUAUAUGCUGAAAAUGGGGCACAGAUAAUUCCACCAGUUGAUAAAAAUGUAUCUGAUUGUAUAUUAGAUAAUUUAAAGCCAUGGAAGGACAUAUAUGAAUAUUUAAAUGACGAUUUUUAUUUAAAAGAUACAUCACUAGUUGAAGAUAUAUAUCAUGAGAUGUUUGAUUCGUUUACAUCUGAUUUAAAAAAGGAAUUUACUUUUAGCUAUCGUAGAAAUUCGCGUACAAAGUUAGUUAUUGUUUAUUCACCUAUGCAUGGUGUAGGCAGAAAAUUUAUUCAAGGAAUCAUGCAAAUCGUUGGAUAUAAUAAUUUAUUGACUGUACCUCAGCAAGCGUUACCAGAUCCGGAAUUUUCAACUGUUACUUUUCCAAACCCAGAAGAAAAAGGCGCAUUAGAUUUAUCAAUGAAACUAGCUGAUUCAGUUAAUAGUCCAUUAGUAGUUGCCAAUGAUCCAGAUGCAGAUAGAUUUGCUUGCGCCGAAAAAUAUAACAAUAAAUGGAGAAUAUUUUCAGGUGAUGAAUUAGGAAUAAUAUUUGCAUAUUUUAUUAUGAAAGAGUAUGAGAAAAAAAAUAUAGAUAAAUCAAAACAUGUCUUUUUAUGUACUAUUGUUUGCUCGAGGAUGUUAAAAAUGUUAUGCCAAAAAUAUGGAUAUAUGUAUGAUGAAACCUUAACAGGUUUUAAAUGGUUAAUUAAUAAAGCUAUAGAAUAUAAUGACAAAAAUUAUAAUACAUUAUAUUGUUAUGAAGAAGCUCUAGGGCACGCAUUGUCAAAGCAUAUUAGAGAUAAGUGCGGUAUAUCUGCUUUAGCUUAUUGGGUAGAAACAGCUAUAUAUUUAUAUGAAAAUAAAUUAACAUUUCAUCAAUGUUUAGAAAAUAUUAGAAAAGAAAUAGGAUAUUUUGUAAGCAAUAAUGGAUAUUACACUAUUCUUGAUUUAAAUGAUGUUGUUAAAAUAUUUGAUGAAUUUAGAUCUAAAGGAAAUUAUAAAAAGCAGCUAGCUUCUUAUAAAAUUUCUCAUAUUAGGGACCUAACUACAGGCUAUGAUUCACAGACACCUGAUAAAAAAUCAUUAAUCGCACCAACACCCGAUUCACAAAAUAUUACACUUUACUUUGAAAACACAGCUAUAGUUACUAUAAGAGCAAGUGGAACAGAACCCAAAAUAAAAUGGUAUGGUGAAAUAUCUAGAGCAACUUAUGACCAAGCAAAGAAUGACAUAGACAAAUUAAUAGAUGCAGUUAUGCCAGUGUUUAUGCAACCAGAUAAAUACAAAGUUAAAAGAUGUUAG